GCCGAACUCUGGCGAAGGUGACGUCAUUUGUUUCUCUCGCUCGCUCGUCUCGCUGUCUGUGAAGGAAGAAGGAAGAGCAAUGGCGACGCUGUACCGCCGCGCGCUCACACUGCACACAGGAGCCACAGCACUCACUAUAUGCUUUUGCAUGGUCACGUCUCAACCCAUGAGGAUAUCAAACCUGUCGCUUGCGAUGCCUGCAACAAAGUCGUUGAGCCUCAGGACGUCCUGACUCAUUACGGAAGUUGGGAAAUAGUUGAACAGUGAGUAGAGAGGAGCGCGUCCACCUCGAGCCCUCCAGAGCCAUGCAUAGCAAGAACCAAAGGAGACACUGUUCGCCCAGCAGCUCCAGGACCCCUCUGGUUCCUGUCAAGGCCAAGAUGUCGGUGGGCCAGAGUGAGGUGGAGCCCCUUCCCUUCAGGGUUCCUCGUGAUUACCCACACUCACGCUUCAGCAAGGCACCGCUGGCCGUCUAUCCACCCAAAGGAGCCCGAGCCAAGGCCUGCGUGUCUUUGCCUGUGGUGAGUCUGGAGAAAAUGCUGUGUUUCAGCCGAACAGAGGGAGCGCACAUCAAAGUCCCCUCCACGUCUCCCACGGCGGGGUCUUCUCUUUCUUUCUCUUCCACGUCUUCCUCUCUAUCUUCCGCUCCUCUCAAGUCCUCUUUGACGUCACCAGCAUCUCACAAGAAUCAGGAGAAGUUUGUGAACGGUCGCGGCCCUGUAACACCUCGCUCCACCACGCCCCCCUCGCUGAUUGACAGGCGUCCCAGCCCAUCACGGUCGCCCUUGGAGAAGCGGCCCGCCCCCUCGCCCUCCCCACAGGACAGGAGACCAACGGCCUCCACGUCUCCGUCUCCAUCCCUGUCAGACCGCAGACCAAUAGUCCCUCCUUCUCCCCCAGACAAGAAGCAUCAGAACGGAGCCAAAGGCGUGCGGCAUCGAAGAGUGUCGGGGAGAGUGUUUGAUCCUAAUAAACACUGUGGGGUUUUGGACCCAGAGACAAAGCGGCCUUGCACUCGAUCUUUAACCUGUAAGACUCACUCUCUAACCCAUCGGCGAGCCGUCCUGGGAAGGAGGAAAGAUUUCAACAUCCUUCUAGCAGAGCAUAAGGGGCGGGCGAAGGAGAUGGGGGAAAAAAAGGAAGCUCAAGCAGGCAGCCAAUCAGUGCAGGUCACACAGUCACAUGAUGCAGCAACCAGCCUAUCCACAAGCUGCACUAAUGCCAAGACCACGCCCACUCUCAAACUGCAGCUGGCCAAUUCACACUUACACAGAGUUUCUGGCGGCAGUGCAAUGGUGUUCAGUUCUGCGCCCGUUCCUCCUCCUGAACCUGCGCCCGGCUGGCAGCGAUGCAGUCUGUCCAGCGAUGAAGGAGAAACUGACCCCCCUGAGGAGUCCGAUAAGCUGCUGUGCCCCUCUUCUCCACAGCAUCCACGACCCCUGAGCUGUUGUGCGUUCAGCAGUCGGUUGAUGGGACGGGGACACUAUGUUUUCGACCGGCGGUGGGACCGGGUUCGGCUGGCGCUCCACUGCAUGGUGGAAAAACACGUCAACUCUCUCAUGUGGAGGAAAGUGCCCCUAGCGGUGGAGAGCGUGACAAGCCCGACUGAGGUUUCUCCCCUCGGCUCUCCGUUCGUCUCCAACCAUGCACUCGUGUCUCCUCUGGACGGCGUCUCCAUGGUCUCGUACUCCUCCUCUUUCUCUCAUAACGGCAGUGGGGUUUUCUGCAUCCGGGACCCCGGACCUGGACCCAGACCGCAGCGGAAUAAACCGGCCAAGCCGCCCAAAGCCUCAGGGGACGGCACAGGAUCUAAAAAACGGAAAACGCCUCCUGCCUCCGAGUCACGAAAGAGUGGGAGCGGCGGGAACAGCUACCAUCUACCACUGGGUGCGGCGCACAUCAGUAACGGGACGGCUGCCCUCAGCGUGCGGGUCAAACAGCGGCGGGGGGGCCAGGGGCCGAGGGACCAAGACAGGUACGGGAGCGUGGAGCUGUCCCUCCCGCAGGCGCUCAUCGGGGAUCACGGGGACGUCUCGUCCCACAGCCCGCUGCCCUACGGAUCCUCUGAUGGGAGGAAGAGGAAGAGCUCUGGAUCAAGCGCUGGCAGUGACAAACCCAGCAGAAGCACCAAAUCCACAGCACUGGACGGGAUAUUCAGGAAGAGCAGCAGCGGUUUGCUUUCGUCAGUCGCCGAAUCGCCCCACAGCGCCCUCCACCGACAGCCCAAGGUCCCUCACUGAUGCAGUGUGAGUUUGAGAAGAUCGUGGGACACUGUGUCUGUCCUGCCUUGAUCCCUCGCUGCCUCUUAUCACUCUACGGUUGAGUCACGUCCUUUGUGUCCUGCUUUCCAACAGAGUUUCUUCCGGAAUAAACU